AUGUCCAACAUCACCCCUGCCAUGUCCAACUGGGUCGACGUCAACUCCUUCGACGCUGACACCGAAAAGAUGAUGAACUCUUUCUUCGCCGACGCCUCCGCUGCCAACAUGUCCAACAUCAGCAACAACGACUCUGGCGACCUCGGUUCUGGAGCUUUUGCCUCCGCCUGGCCUGGCCCCGUCGCUCGUACCAACAGCGACAGUGCUCCCAUCUUUGGCAUCUCGCCUUCGCUGCCUCUCGGCGUUUCGCCUGGUCUGGCUAGCCAGUACCAGAUGGACUCCUCCAAGUCCAGUAACAACGCCUGGUCGCUCCCUUCCGACUUUACCGCUACGCUUCCAUCUGGACCUCCGAGUCUCAACGGCAUGUACUCCAUGCUGUCGGACAGCAUGCCUCCCAGUCUCUCCAACGCUAGCACCUUCACGCCCUCGGAUGCGCAGAGCCUCCAGAGCGACAUGAUGCACCCGCUCGGCACCAUUCCUUCCAAUAACAUUCCCGUCGACGACAUGAUGAACUUCAACGAGAUUGCCAAGGACGCUUCCGGUUCCACACCCCAGCUCAGCCCUUCUAGCUUUGCGUCGCCGCCCUCGCCUUUUGUCGCCAACAGCUCGUUGACUGGCUACCACAGCAACAUCGCUUCGGACCACGCGGCCCACCUUGCCGAUCUUGUCAAGUCGAGCAACAUCAUCAAUGCUGGUCAUCCCGGUCCACGCUCGCUCGCCUCUAGCCUUAGUCGAUCGGUCCUCAACGCUGACUCGAUCGGUCGCCCUGAUGCCUUGGUCAACCACGCCUCUUCUCACAACGAGCGUCUCACCAUCCAGCAGCGACGUCGCAUGAGCCACAUGGUCAAGUCCAACAGCAAUGCUGGUCCCGCCGAAGCUCAGGUCGAGCAAGCACGCUCGCCCGUCAAAGGGCGUCGCCGUCAGAACUCGGCCCCGGAUCCCGUCUUGCCCCACAUUGGUUCGUCUCCCGAGAUGCCCUGGACGCCCCCUCCCAAGCAGCGUCGACCCCACCGCGACUUUGCCAGCUUCGCACAGCCGGAUGCAUCAACCUCGCAUGUCGCUGCCGUGCCCACGUCCGAGGACGAUGUUGACUCUUGGAUGGAUGCCGUCGUGGCCAACUCGCACGACCUCGUGUUUGUGCUUUCGCUCAAGGGCACCGUGUUGUACAUGUCGCCAUCCGUUCAGCGUAUCCUCGGGUUCCACCCGGAAGAGAUCGUCGGCCGUCCUCUAGUCGACUUUAGCCAUCCCGCCGAUAUUGGCCCCUUCUCGCGCGAGCUCAAGGAGGCCAUCACGUUGCCCUCCGCCGACGGCGAGGGUCCCGACGCUCACAAUGCUACGGCUGUCAAGGCGCACCGUCGAGUCGACCUCAUCAUGCGCAUGGCGUGCAAGAACGGCACCUUCAGCCUCAUCGAGACCACGGGUCGUGUAUCGGUCGACCCACCCAAGCACCGCAAGGUGGUCGUCUGCUCUGGUCGACCUCACCCCGUGCCCAUGCUGCCCUGGAACGAUGUCCGCCAGGAUCUGCUCAACGUCGAGCUGUCUGCCUGGCUCAAGAUCUCGCACAACGGCAUCUUCCUCGGCGCCACUGGACCCAUCCAGCAGAUCCUCGGCAUCGAGAACAUCAACCUGCUUGGUCGUCAUGUGCGCGACUUGCCCAUGGUGACGAGCUCGUCCGACCUGCUGGACGCGCUCCGUAGUGGUCGCUGCAUCUCUGUGCAGGACCACUACGAGGACCCCACCUCGCAGCACAAGGCGCCUGUCAAGCUGACCGUCUACCCCUGGACGUCGAACGGCCGAUCCAACUCGGUCUCGUUUGUCCAUGUGCAGCAACAGCCAGCUGAAGCCGCCGCCGCCCCCACCGCCGCCACAAGCGUCUCGAUGCAGCAGCAAGACUCGGUGUCGUCGUCAUCCGCACCUUCGCCUCGAGUGCCUGCCAAGCGUAAGGCCUCGGACCGCGAGGCGCAGUCGGCGCAGCAGUACCAGGACCACCAACCGCAGACCAGCAGCGGCUCGCUCAGUGGUUCGGCGUUCCAGGCUAACGGCACCUCGGUGCCCGUCAUGACGGCCGGCGAUGCGGCCAACACGGUCUUCUCCGAGCUGACCGGCUUCCACAGCGGCUCGUGGCUCAUCGAGAUGCAGAAGCUGCACAAUGCCAACCGCAAGCUGCGCCACGAGCUCAGCGCGCUCAGGAAGAGGUCCAGCCACAGCUCCUCCCCUAUCGCCGCCGCCGCCUGCUCUUAA